CAACACAAAUUUUUUGAUUAUUAUUGUAUUUAAUAUUGUGUGAGAAAUUCCGGAUUACCGAUUAGUUAUAAAUUUAGAGCAACAUUCCCUUUUUUUAUUUUGUAUCUUGUGAUUUUUUUUUCACCUCCUGUUUUCCAUGAAAUCAACACGCUAGAUCGCUAAAAAACCUUCCUCAUUCCUUUUGGAAUGUUUUGCACCUGAAAUGAUGUUAAACCUCACAUUGUGUUACUGAAAUUUUUGCGAAAUGAAGGAAAGCAUGGCUGCUGAGAAAGUGACAUUGUCAGAUGCCCUUUCUAAUGUUGAUGUAUUAGAUGAGCUUCCAUUGCCUGAUCAACAACCUUGCAUAGAAGCUGAACCUUGUAGUAUUGUAUACCAUGCAAAUUUUGACACAAAUUUUGAGGAUAGAAAUGCCUUUGUUACUGGCGUUGCAAAGUACAUCGAAGAAGCUACUGUACAUUCUGAAUUGAAUGAAAUGUUGGAAGAAGGCGAAGAGUAUGCAAUCAUGCUGUACACAUGGCGAUGCUGCUCUCGGGCAAUUCCGCAGCCAAAGUCUAAUGAGCAACCAAAUCGGGUGGAGAUUUAUGAAAAAACUGUGGAGGUUCUAGCUCCUGAAGUUAAUAAGCUUCUUAACUUCAUGUAUUUUCAAAGAAGGGCUAUAGAAAGAUUCAGUACUGAAGUGAAAAGGCUGUGCCAUGCUGAAAAAAGGAAGGACUUUGUUUCUGAAGCAUAUCUUCUGACCCUUGGGAAAUUCAUAAAUAUGUUUGCUGUGUUAGAUGAGUUGAAGUCCAUAAAAUCCAGUUUAAAAAAUGAUUAUGCUACAUACCGAAGAGCUGCUCAAUUUCUAAAAGUUAUGUCAGAUUCACAAGCUUUACAAGAAUCCCAGAAUCUUUCAAUGUUUUUGGCUACACAAAAUAAAAUUCGUGACACACUAAAAGAAAAUCUUGAAAAAAUUCCUGGUUAUGAAGAGUUGCUGGCUGAUGUGAUAAAUAUAGCUGUUCAGAUGUUUGAAUAUAAGAUGUAUUUACUUCCAAGUGAAAAACAUAUGCUGGUGAAAGUAAUGGGAUUUGGGCUUUUUUUGAUUGAUGGGGAGAUAUCCAACAUUAAUAAAAUGGACCAAAAAAAGCGAGUAAAUAUUGCAAAAAUCGAUAAAAUUUUCAAGCAAUUGGAAAUGGUCCCACUAUUUGGAGACAUGCAGAUUGCCCCCUUUAAUUACAUAAAACGGAGUCCACAUUAUGACCAGUCUCGUUGGCCUUUGGCUAGUUCAAGCUCUCCAAGUCCACAAUCAGAUUUGCUUCAGUACCUCCCUACCAUUCGGGAUGAAUAUGUAAGAUACAUCAGUGAAUUAGCAAGACACAAUAAUGAGGUUACAACAACAGUUAAAGAGACACCACGCACUGAUGUAGAAAAUAAGGAGCUAACAGAAUUAUGUCUUAGGGGUUUACAAUUACUUUGCGACUGGAGUACUCAUGUUACUGAAUUAUAUUCUUGGAAGCUCAUGCAUCCUACUGACCAUCACCAAAAUAAAGAGUGUCCUCAGGAAGCUGAAGAAUAUGAAAGAGCCACUAGAUACAACUAUAGUGAUGAAGAAAAGUUUGGUCUUAUUGAGGUAAUAGCCAUGAUAAAAGGACUUCAGCUUCUCAUGUCUCGCAUGGAAACAGUUUUUACAGAUUCCAUAAGAAGACAUGUAUAUGCUGAGCUUCAAGAAUUUGUUCAAGUAACUCUACGAGAACCGCUAAGAAAAGCUGUAAAAAACAAGAAAGAUUUAAUUAGAAGCAUAAUUUUGUCGGUCCGUGAAACCUGUGCUGACUGGUUAAGAGGUACUGAGCCUGAUGAGGAUCCUGCUUUGAAAGGGAAAAAGGACCCCGAGAAUGGUUUUGAAAUUAAAGUGCCAAGACGUAAUGUGGGACCUUCAAGCACUCAAUUAUAUAUGGUGAGAACAAUGUUGGAGUCUCUGAUUGCUGAUAAAAGUGGUGGUAAAAGAACUCUUAGGAAAGAUAUUGAUGGUCCAUAUCUUAUAGCUAUAGAUAAUUUUCAUAAAAGCUCUUUCUAUUGGAAUUAUUUACUAAAUUUUAGCCAAACCUUGCAGGAAUGCUGUGAUCUAUCACAAUUAUGGUAUCGAGAAUUUUAUUUAGAAAUUACCAUGGGCAAAAGAAUACAGUUCCCAAUUGAAAUGUCAUUGCCAUGGAUUCUAACUGAUCAUAUUUUAAAAACAAAAGCAUCAUCCAUGAUGGAAUGUGUCCUUUAUCCUCUAGACCUGUAUAAUGACAGUGCUUAUUAUGCAUUGACGAAGUUUAAAAAGCAAUUCCUUUAUGAUGAAGUGGAAGCUGAAGUCAAUCUCUGUUUUGAUCAGUUCGUAUAUAAAUUAAGUGAACAAAUAUUUGCUUAUUAUAAACAUUUAGCUGGUAGUAUCCUUUUGGAUAAACGCUUCCGUGCAGAAUGUGCUAGUUAUGGAACAUGUUUUCACUAUCCUCCUGCAAAUCGUUAUGAAACCCUUUUAAAGCAAAGACAUGUUCAGCUACUUGGUAGAUCAAUCGAUUUAAAUAGACUGAUAGCCCAACGAGUGAAUGCUGCCCUACAAAAAUCUUUGGAUUUAGCUAUUAGUCGCUUUGAGGCUGGAGACAUCACUGGAAUUGCAGAGCUUGAAGGACUUAUCAAUGUGACAAAAUUAGCUCAUAAACUGCUUGGAAAGUAUAUCACUUUAGAUGAUUUUGAUGCAAUGUUGCAUGAAGCAAACCAUAAUGUUUUUGCUCCAUAUGGACGCAUCUGUCUUCAUGUCUUCUGGGAGUUAAAUUUUGACUUUUUGCCAAAUUACUGUUAUAAUGCUGCUACUAACAGGUUUGUGAAGGUUAAAGAUAUAACCUUCACAUCACCUGUGGCACGUGAUAAGCCUCCAGCAGCUCAACCUCAAUAUUUUUUUGGAACAAAGGCACUAAAUGUUGCAAACAGCACAAUAUAUGGAAUGUAUAGUGGUUUUGUGGGACCACAGCAUUUUAGAUCAAUUUGCCGCUUGCUAGGGUAUGAAGGAAUUGCUGUGGUUAUGGAAGAAUUGUUGAAGAUUGUGAAAAGCUUGAUUCAAGGUACCUUGUUGCAGUAUACUAAUACUCUAAUGAAUGUAAUGCCAAAGGUGUGCAAAUUGCCAUUAUACGAGUAUGGCAGUCCAGGUGUAUUGCAUUAUUAUCAAGCACAGCUCAAUGACAUUGUGCAGUAUUCAGAUGUGAAAACUGAAAUGUUAGAAGGUUUCCGUGAAGUUGGCAAUGCUAUUCUCUUUUGUUUGCUAAUUGAGCAAAGUUUGUCGCAAGAAGAAGUAUGCGAUCUGCUUCAUGCAGCUCCAUUUCAGAAUAUUUUACCUCGACCAUACUGCAAAGAUGGUGAGAAACCUGAAACUAAAUUGAAAAGACUUGAAGCAAAAUAUGCACCUUUACAAGUGGUCCAAAAUGUUGAACGAAUGGGAACAACAAAGCAAGCAGCUAUUGCACGUGAAGGCGAUCUGUUAACUAAAGAGCGUCUCUGUUGUGGAUUAUCGACAUUUGAGGUUAUUCUAACUAGAAUCAAAUCAUAUCUUAAUGAACCUGUCUGGAGUGGUACUCCACCAAUGAAUGGUUGCAUGAAUGUUGAUGAAUGCACAGAAUUUCAUCGCCUGUGGAGUGCUCUGCAAUUUGUAUACUGCAUCCCAGUUGGGGAAAAUGAAUUCACUGUGGAACAGUUAUUUGGAGAAGGAUUGAAUUGGGCUGGUUGUACAAUGAUCGUUUUGCUUGGGCAACAAAGGAGAUUUGAAGCUUUGGACUUUUGCUAUCAUAUAUUGAGGGUUCAGAGAAUUGAUGGUAAAGAUGAAAUUGUUAAAGGAAUACCUCUGAAAAGAAUGGUUGAUCGAAUUAGACGAUUUCAAGUCUUGAACAGUCAAAUUUUCGCCAUUUUAAAUAAAUACUUGAAAUCUAGUGAUACUGAUAAUUUACCUGUUGAGCAUGUUCGAUGUUUUCAACCUCCUGUUCAUCAAUCAAUAGCUGCUGUCUCUGGUCCACAAAAUUUAACAACAAUUUACAUGAAACCAGAUGGAAUAUCAAAGUAGUAUUCUGUGUGGUUUCAACAAGUCUUCGUGUCUCCAGUCUGCCAAAGACAUAUUAUCUUUAAUUUUCUCUUUCAGAUUUUUAUAUUUAAAUUGUAUUCCACAGCCUGUAUAGUUUUUAUAUAUGAAGUGAUUUAGAUGUUUCAUAAUAAAUGGUAGUGAAAAGUAUGUAUAUUUUGCAAUAACAAACGAAUUUUCUACUUCCACCCUAUAUUACUGACUGAAGUUGUGAGUGUUUCAUGCGGGACGUUUGUAUGAAAAAUGCUGGAAAUAUUUUUUUCCUCUUAUUAAUUGUAGGGAAUGCCAAGUAUCAUGAUUCAUAUUACUGUCACAUCUCAAUGGAUAGUUUCAACUGUUCUGUUUUAUCACAUAUUAUAAGAAAAUACUUCUAUAUAAAUUAGUAAUUGUAGAGUUUUUAUCUAUUUUCUGGUUUUGUUGACAUAUUUUUCACUGUCUUUUAUGCUAAAUUUUAUGUACAUUUUCAAAUAAGAUGAAUCUGUUAUGUUUAUUUGCUAUGUUAAUAUAAUAAAUUAAAAGAAUAUUUCAAAAUAACAUGAUUGUGCCGAUCAAAUAUGCGGUGCUAAUUAAUUGUGUUUGAAGUUAUUUUGAAAUGUUUCAGGUUUUUAUACUUGGAUGAUAAUUGUUCCUUGCACAAAAAUAAUUAUUUAUUAAGAUGGACAUUUAUUUAUUUAUAUUGUUCAUUAAAAAAUUCCAUUGAGAACUGUAUUUCUUUAUUUUUUACUAGUCUUUUUCUGCUCAGAAGCUUUUUGAUACAACGAUAAUUUAAGCAUUUAUUAUAUUUUUAUACAGUUUUUGAUGUAAUCCUUCUUCUUGAAGGAAUCUUUUUUUCUCCUCCUUUUUAAUGUUUUCCCUCUUUAUGUUUUAUUAUGUGACAAAAGAGUAUUAACUCUUAACUCAACAAUCUGUGCUGUUUUUUGGACCAAUAUUUUUCAGCAUUUAUCAUUUUCAUGUGCAUUUAUCAUUUAAAUAGAUAUAGAUCUUACAUGAUAAGUACAUCUAUAAGCCUUGAGACCUAAUAUAUAGUUUGAAGUAAAGCAGAAAUUUUAUUUUAAUUAUUGAAAUAUGACAUGGAAUAAAUAAAUGGUACAAUGAAUGCUAAAAUCUGGGAUUUCUUUCUUUCUUUCUUUCUUUUUUUUUCUUUUUUUUUUAGUCAUUGUGAUUUCAGGAAUUGAAAAUGUUAUCACUGGAUUGCAGAAUCUCUUAACUCCAUACAUUUUCCUUCAUUGACUAAUGAUUAUAAACUUUUUGCUUGAAUUUUAAUGUAGUUAAAUAUUGUGAAAGCUUUUUUUAAAACAUUUUUGUAUAGUAAACAAGUUGAGACAUCACUAAUGUGUUCUUAUUGCUUAGAAAAUGUACUGCUACUUAAAUGUUCCUUGUAUUCAACUGUUUAUGUCGCUUUUUUUUUUUUUUUUUUUUUUUUGUAAAUUAAUUUUGAUAUUUAUUUGUGAUUUUAAUUUUGCAUAAUUUUUUGUAUAUUCAAAUAGCAAAUCGUUUUCGGUUUGCAUAAUUCAUAGUUUAGGUGUGAUAACAUUGUUAUCAUUAUGGGUUCCCCUUUUUUUUCUUCUUCCCAGAUUUCUUUUAUAUGGAAUAUGUGGAACUAAAGAAACUUUGAUUGAUAUGUGUUCAUGUAUAUGCUAUUGCAUGAAAAUGUGAAUACCUAUGUAUAUAUUGUGUUAGUUGUUGUUCAAAUUAACCUCAGUUUAUUAAAAAAAAUCUAUAAAUAAAAGAUUCCUAUAAAUAAACUUCAAUUACUGUGAAUGGAAAUUUUAAGUAAUCGGUUAAUUAUCAGAAUAUGCAAUUUAUUUAUCAUGUAUUAUGAUAUUUUUUAUUUAAAAAUUGGUUUUAGAUUCAGUUCUUUUAUGUAUAUGCUUCUUAGAUUGCUAUGGCCAUACCUUUUAUAAGUUUCUAGAUUUCUCCUUUUAUGUAGUAUUUAAUACCAUUUUAAUAUUGAAUGCCUAUGCAAGC